UCUGAGCAGCAGCACAAACAAACCCGUCCAGCUCUCUUCAACUUUACAUCCAGCAGAAAACAUGACCAUCAACACACUCAGCCAGGAUGGAGUACAGAGACAGCAAAUGCCCUGUUUGACAAAGAUGGAGCGCAUGAUCAUUUCUAUGCAGGACCCUGAUAUGGGCAUCAAGCUGCGCAACCAGCGUCUGCUUAUUACAGUCAUCCCACAUGCAAUGACUGGUGCUGACAUUGUUGAAUGGCUGAUUAAGAAGUUUACUAUUUCUGAUGAAGAGGCAGCACACAUUGGACAGUUCCUUGUGAAGUAUGGCUACAUUUACCCUUUAAAAGAGCCCAGAAACCUUAUUCUGAAAGCUGAUGAAUCAGCAUAUCGCUUUCAGACACCAUAUUACUGGAUGUCAACACGCUGGCCUGCUUCAGAACUAGAUUAUGCAAUCUACCUGGCCAAGAAGAAUAUCAGAAAACAAGGAGAGUUAAUCGAGUAUGAAAAGGAGUGCUAUAAUGCUUUACAUAAACGUAUCAACCACACUUGGGACUUCGUUGUGAUGCAGGCAAGAGAGCAGCUCAGGGCAUCAAAACAGCGUCGGAAGGCAGAUCGUAUAGUUCUGGAGUGUCAGGAGCAAGCUUUCUGGCUAGUGAACAGACCUCCUCCGGGGACACUGGAUAUUAUAAAUUAUGGGCCGGAGAGAAGAACCAUGAACACACGCGUGCAGCUGAAUGCAGAAUUCUACAAAAAAGAGAUUGAACAUAACAGGAUGAGCCUGGCGAGGAAUCGUGUCAAGUCCUCAAUCUGCCUUGAGAGCUAUGUGAAGUACUGUGAGCAGUACCAGCCUCAUGACCCCAUAAUGCAAGGGUGUCUUCCUAGCAAUCCCUGGAUCACAGAUGAUGUGCUGUUUUGGAACAUGAACUCUGAAGCGGUUGCUGUUCCCACUAAACUGCGUGUGGAGCGCUGGAGCUUCAGCUUUACAGAGCUGCUGGAUGACCCGAUGGGCAGGAAAGAGUUCCUCAUUUAUCUGGAGAAGGAGUUCAGCGCGGAGAACUUGUGCUUCUGGCAGGCCUGUGAGGACGUUCGUCAUGGAGAGAGCUCCAAAAUUCCCGAGAAAGUGGACGAGGUUUACAAGCAGUUUCUGGCUCCUGGUGCAAGUCGUUGGGUGAAUAUUGACAGCAAGACCAUGGAAAAAACAUUGGAAGGGCUUAAGCGUCCUCAUCGUUUUGUCUUGGAUGAUGCUCAAAUGCACAUUUACUUCCUCAUGAAAAAGGAUUCUUUCCCUCGCUAUUUGAAAUCCGAACUCUACAAGAGCUUAUUGGCCAGAGCCAUUGUGCCACAGGAGACCAAGAAAAGUGUGUUCCCGUUCAUGCGUCGGCAGCGUCACUCCAGCCCCUCACCUGCUCUCGUCACCCAAACCGCAGAGGAUGAUGGGAAGACAAAGAACUCAAACUCUGUCAAAGGCAAUUCUGGAACUGCGUCAAGGCUGUAAACGUGCACACAAAUAUUUAUUGCUGCGUAAAACACUCAGAUUUAUUUUCUGCCGUAUGUUGUUAGCUAACACACUUGAGAAAGGCAACUACAUUGCUAUUGAGCUCCACAAAGCAGAUAUUUUAGCCUCUAGGUCAGGGGUCACCAAUCUUGGUCCUGGGGGGCCGGUGUCCCUGCAGGGUUUACCUCCAACUUGCCUCAACACACCUGCCUGGAUGUUUCAAGUACACCUACAACAGGGGUGUCCAAUCUCGGUCCUGGAGGGCUGGUGUCCCGCAAAGUUUAGUUCCAACCGCAAUCAGACACACCUGGGCUAGCUAAUCAAGCUCUUGCUAGGCUUUCUAGAAACAUCUUUGCAGGUGUGUUGAGGCAAGUUGGAGUUAAAACCUGCAGGACACCGGCCCUCCAGGACCGAGUUUGGACACCCCUGACCUAGAAAGACCUUGAUUAGCUUGUUCAGGUGUGUUUGAUUAGGGUUGGAGCUAAAAUCUGCAGGACACCGGCCCUCCAGGAACAAGUUUAGUGACCCCUGCUCUAGGUUAUUGUUUAAAGAUAAUUCUCAUCACAUCAGGCUCGCAUUUCAAAGAUAUAGCAAUAAUGCCAUCCAACAUAAUCACAAUCUCAUAAAUGUUCAGCUCUUCUAUGAAUGUGUUUCUUCAAGUGGAACUCAACUUUU